AUGGUGGAAUUGAACGAGAAACAGAAGAAGAUUCUCGGAUCCUGGACUCUCGAGAGUGGAAAUGGUCCUCAAUUCGAUGCUUACCUCCAGGUAUGUUAAUAUAGGUUGUUGUUCAUGGUUUAGGAAGUCGGAAUCCCAGUUUUCAUGCGGAUGAUUGCCAAUUCCACCUCUCCGAUCGUUCAUGUUACCUUAGAUGGGGAAGAAUGGACUAUUAAAAUGGAAUCCACAUUCAAAUCAGACCAAUGGCAAUUCAAAUUGGGCGAAAAAUUCGUUCAAAAAACUGUCGAUGGCAGAGAAUUCUGGUAAGGAUGACAUGUUUUCUAGAAAGUGACCGGUUUUUUGAAAUUUUUCCAACAAAGAGGCCAGUUGAGGAAUUAUCAAGUUUAAAAGACGCUUUCUGACACCGUGAAGGAAGGUGUGCCCUAGAAAUUUACCCCCUGUUUUUAUUUGAUAAAUAGAUGACUAGAACCGUUCUUAGGCACAUGGUAAAGCGAUUUUGGCUAAAAUGCCGUUUUGGCAUUUUUAUGUCACUUUUUGACAUAAAACAGUUUAAAUUUUGUAAAAAUCCAAAAAUGCUUCAAAAGCUUUGGAAAUGUGCAUGCAUACGUUUUCGACCAUGCUGAACAAAAUUGUAAUUGAAAAUUUUUUUCUAUUGUUACCGUAACCUACCGUAAUCCAAUCGGUCGGUUAUAAAAGUGCAAAUAUCUAAAAAUUUAGCACGGAUCUUCAUGGACAACUUUUACAUAUUCAAAAUCCACAUCUAACAGAUAUUGAUAGACUAUACGUUCACUUCUAGGGCUGCGUAUUUUGGGGAUUUUUGGCCAUUUAAAAAAUUACCGUAUCUUACGGUCAAAAUAUUUAAAAAUCAUAACAGCGUUUGUACUGCUGUGAAUAGUGUCAAAUUUGGCAUGGUUAUGUUUUUGAAUCUUCUAAACAAAAUCAUAAUUAAAAAUUUUUUUCUAUUGUUACCGUAACCUACCGUAAUCCGACCGGUCGGUUAUAAAAGUGCAAAUAUCGAACAACUUAGUGAAUUACAUAUCAAAUUGUAAAACAAGUAUAAAUUUUUUAUAACUUUAGUAAUAAUGCCAAUGUUUAAAACAUGUUAUAAAACAUGAAAGGUUCUGACUAAACGUUUUAGCUAUAAUUAUUGUUUACUACUGUAACCUUAUUAAAAACUAUAAAACUUUUUUUUGCUGCUACUGUUACAAUUUUAACUGAUUUUAUACCUUCAACUUAUUUUUAACAGUAGUAAAUGUUCGAUAUUUGCACUUUUAUAACCGACCGGUUGGAUUACGGUAGUUUACGGUAAUCCUAGAAAAAAAUUUUCAAUUACAAUUUUGUUCAGCAUAGUCGAAAACGUAUGCAUGCACACUUCCAAAGCUUUUGAAGCAUUUUUGGAUUUUUACAAAAUUUAAACUGUUUUAUGUCAAAAAGUGACAUAAAAAUGCCAAAACGGCAUUUUAGCCAAAAUCGCUUUACCAUGUGUCUUAGAACGGUCCUAGUCAUCGAUUUAUGAAAUAAAAACAGGGGGUACAUUUCUAGGGCACACGGCCGUUUCAGGAUGCUUCAUGGUCUCAGAAAUCGUCUUUUAAAUUAUUGCUUGAAAAGUGAGAAAAUAUUGCUUUAAAGUUUUAAAUAUGAUGUUAGAGUAAUUUUAGCUGGCUAAUAUUCAAAUUUUGUUCUGUUCAGGUGUGUAGUAGAACUGACAGAAGAUGGCAAGAUAAUCGAGCGUCAGUCGAACGUCGAAGGCUCGACCAGUGUUCCGUCGACUAUUACUCGGUGGGUCGAUGACAAUGACAAGAUGCACGCUGUGUCACAAGCCAAUAAUGUUACUUGUGAGAGGAUCUUUGUCCGAGUUUAA